AUGCCCGAGGAAUUGUCCCCAACAAGCAGCACCAUGCCCGCACCAUCAAUCCUGCCGCAAGGCGAACCCGCGCCACGCCCGCUCUUUCUCUAUGGCACCCUCCUCUGCAGGCCCCUCCUCGCCUGGCUCCUCACCGGCGAUCCGCAUCGUACCUCGCUCAUCGAAGACGUUACCGCGCCGGCGCGCCUUCGGGACUUCGUCCGCACCCCCUUACGUGGGUGUGACUAUCCCGCACUCGUCCCUGCCUCUGGCAGGGAGGUGCAGGGACUGCUCCUGAGGCUGCAGAGCACAUCGCAGAGGCGGAAAGUCGAUGAUUUUGAGGGCGAGACGUAUAGAGUGACAGCAGUGCGGGUUCGCUCGGUUGGUGACGAUGACGGGGAGGGGAAGGAAAUUGAGGCUGAUGCAUAUGUGUGGGCUGGCCAGCCGGAGAUGGUAGAGCUGGGGAAAGAAUGGGAUUUGGAGAAAUUCGAAACGAAAGGCUGA